AUGGGACUGAUACUAGAUCUGCAUGCGUUCUGGAUCUGUCAAGUGCUCUGCUUUUCUGCUGCGUAAUAUCACCACCUGCUUCAACAAAGAGGACAAACGCUGUGUUCUAGUGUACUGUUUGAGUUUUCCAGACUCUCAUUGUGCUCGCCGGUGUUUGUACUGGAGCUCAGCGAACUGUUUCAGGAGAGAGAGAGAGAGAGAGAGAGGGAGAGAGAGAGGUGUGAAAGUGAAGUACUAUCAGUCUUUGCGGACUGGAGGCUCAAAACAGCGGAAGAGAGAAAGAGAGAGAGAGAGUGAUAGAGAGAGGAAUCAAUCAGCCAUGGCAAAUAUCGCUGUGCAGAGGAUCAAGCGAGAGUUCAAAGAAGUGCUGAAAAGCGAAGAGACAAGUAAAAAUCAAAUAAAAGUAGAUCUGGUGGAUGAAAACUUCACAGAGUUAAAGGGAGAAAUAGCAGGACCACCAGACACACCGUAUGAAGGGGGCAGAUACCAGCUAGAAAUCAAGAUACCUGAGACAUAUCCUUUUAACCCACCCAAGGUGCGGUUUAUUACUAAGAUCUGGCAUCCCAAUAUAAGUUCAGUUACUGGGGCGAUAUGUUUGGACAUUUUAAAAGACCAGUGGGCUGCUGCUAUGACUCUGCGAACAGUCCUGCUCUCACUACAGGCUCUGUUAGCUGCAGCGGAGCCAGACGAUCCUCAAGACGCUGUGGUAGCCAAUCAGUAUAAGCAGAAUCCAGAAAUGUUCAAACAAACCGCUCGUCUCUGGUCUCACGUUUACGCCGGCGCUCCCGUGUCCAGUCCCGAGUACACACGCAAAAUAGACAAACUCUGUGCAAUGGGCUCCGACAAAAAUGCAGUAAUAGUAGCCUUGUCCUCAAAAUCAUGGGACGUGGAGACAGCGACAGAGCUGCUACUAAGCAACUGAUCAUCCAGUUCUGUUCAUCAGGCCAUGUUUUCCUCAAACCCCUCUGCAUCAUGACCCAUUCACUCCCACCCAGCCAACCAUGCACACACAUGCAUCAGCAGUCUUGGUUUGUUCAGAAUGAACGUUUGGGUAAGAGACAGCAGUUAGACGGCGAGACCUCCAAAUCAUCUUCUGUCUUUAACAAAUGUUCACAUCCCUUGUCUUGUCUCCCCCUCCUUCCCAACGUUUUCACUGUUUUUGCCUUGUGUCUACAAUCACUUUCCCUCUCAAAUUUAGACUCUCACUUCCCUUUUAAAGAAACCCCAAAAUGACAAAGCCUCCAUCACUGUCAUUUCAUGUGAAACCCCCCACCCACUUGCAUCUGUGAGACAAUGUUAGUUCAUGUAAAUUAGUAUAUUUAAGGUUGUGUACAUUUAAAAGGCAAAAUAGCAGGAAUGUUAUUUUUUUUUCAAUCUGUACACCAUAAAAAUGUUUUGGGAUAUGCUUAUUUGAAUGGGAUAUUUAGCAUAUAAAAACAAAUCUUUGAGAUGAAUAAUACCCCUUCUACUUGAUGCUCUCUUACAAUGAACAAAUGUGUGAUUUGAUUUGCUCAUUUGAUUCUUUUAAUGUUUCUUUUGGCUUUCCUUUGCACUAAUCUGUCUGUAUAGUAGUUGAUAUGGCCAGAUGACAUGGUGUUAUGUGAGUGCAGACACAGUUUCACUUACCGGACGAAGUUAUUAUUUUUUUUUAACGAAAGGAAGAUUGCCUUUUUUCAUUUUCCCUCUUUUUGAAAAGGGGGACGAUGCCGUAUUGGUGGUCACAAACCCUUUCUUUUUGUUUUGAAGGCAGCUGUGGGGUUUGCAACUUGAUAACGGACAGAUAUACAUUGAGUUGCCUCUCUUUUUUUUUUUUUUUUUUUUUUUUGAAGAAUGUAUUAUGAAAUAACUUGCAUUUAAGUGUAAACAUUUUGUACACACACAGAUGAGAAAGUGAAGACAAGAGGUUCUGGUUCUCUUAAAAAGAUUGGCUUUUUUUGCAGAACAGUCACUUUAACCUGAGACACAAUAAUCAGUUUAAUGUGAGACAUUUCAGUUUGGCAUCAAAGUAUGUUGACGUGGAGGUUCAAAAGGGUUUCUGAGUGAGGUGGGGUGCGGUUUUUUUAAAUAUACCAAAAUUGUAUUCAGAUUUCCACUCACAAGCUGCAGAGAUAAUUUCAUAUUUUGCACUUAUAUGAUAUUGCAAGCAUGAAUCAGACCGCUAGAGUUUUUUAGUCAACAGAGUUGCUUCGAUGCAAACGGGCCAAGAGCGAUUACUGCCACACAAUGCUUUGUGAACCUGUUUUUACCUAGUGUUCUGUCCUUUUCUUACAGUGGUGAAUUAAGUUUCUUUUCUCCCUUUGCUUCAGUUCGCUAGCAUCCCCAUAUAACAUCCGAUUUCAAAAUGCCCCCACUUUCACAGAUAGUUGCUUUCAUACACCUUUCUCAUGUACAUACAGCCAAGUUUUGUUUUUUUUUUGGGGGUGGAGGGGAUAAAGUACUGUUCAUCUCUAGAAUGCACCAUCGAUGGCUGGAUUUAUAUUUUGUAUGAAAAUCAAAAACGAGACAAAAAACAAAAAGACUGUCUUCCUGUAGUGAUCACCUUGUUCAAUAUUGCACGAAGAAGUGAAUUAAAGGACAAAAACUUCUGUCAAAGGAGAAAUGCA